AUGGUUCUGAAGGAUGCUCGUUUCUGUUCAUUGUUCCACAACUUCCUUGAAUUAAACUAUUGCACAGAGAAUUUGGACUUUUGGAUUGACCAUGAUAAUUUACAUCGGAAAUGCAGACGACACCCAGGCCAGUCAAUAGAAAAUCAGAAGCAGCUACUUGAAGAAGCUUACGCCUUGUGGGAAACGUAUCUCAUGCCAGGCACUGCAUACUGCAAACUUAAUAUCGAUCAUGCCCUACGACAAGACAUGGCGGAAGAGAUCUCUAAUAUGACAACCCUCGUCUACACAUUUGCUCCUGGACAAUCACGACCCAUGGUUAUUAUAUCAACCCACUCCACUACUCAAAGUCUGUCUACUAUUUUAAAUUGGUUUGAUAAAGUCAAUGAUCAGAUUUGCAGACUGAUGGCUUCUGAUUCAAUUCCUAAAUUCGUUCGCACACCCGAAUACAAAAAGGCAAUUUGUAGACUGAAGCUUUCAGAAGACACUGCUGCUGCUGUUCAUUGCAACAAGUCUUCUAUAGUAACUACUCAUGAUUUGGACGAUUUUCCUCCUCCUCCCCAAAGAAAAAUAAAGGAGCCUUUAUAUUUUUAA